CAAAAAAAAAAAAAAAGGAAAGGAGCAGCACUGAGCUUUCUUGACUUCACCUGGGGUUUCUGUGUCUGCAGGGACCCUGGUAGCUAAUGUCCGAAGAAAGUGACUCUCUGCGGACCAGCCCUUCUGUGGCCUCACUCUCUGAAAAUGAGCUGCUGCCGCCGCCACCUGAGCCUCCCGGCUACGUGUGCUCACUGACCGAAGACCUGGUCACCAAGGCCCGGGAAGAGCUGCAGGAGAAGCCAGAGUGGCGACUCCGGGAUGUGCAGGCCCUCCGUGACAUGGUACGGAAGGAGUACCCCAACCUGAGCACCUCCCUUGACGACGCCUUCCUGCUGCGCUUCCUGCGUGCCCGCAAGUUUGAUUAUGACCGGGCCCUGCAGCUACUGGUCAACUACCACAGCUGCAGGAGAAGCUGGCCCGAAGUCUUCAGUAACCUGAGGCCAUCAGCCCUGAAAGAUGUCCUCAGCUCCGGAUUCCUCACUGUGCUGCCCCACACGGAUCCCAGGGGCUGCCACGUGCUCUGCAUCCGCCCAGACAGAUGGAUACCGAGCAACUAUCCAAUUACUGAAAACAUCCGAGCCAUAUACUUGACAUUAGAAAAACUCAUUCAGUCUGAAGAAACCCAGGUGAAUGGAAUUAUAAUUCUUGCAGACUACAAAGGAGUGAGCUUAUCAAAAGCAUCUCAUUUCGGCCCUUUUAUAGCCAAAAAGGUGAUUGGCAUCCUCCAGGAUGGUUUUCCCAUUCGGAUAAAAGCGGUCCAUGUAGUAAAUGAACCUCGAAUAUUUAAAGGCAUUUUUGCCAUCAUAAAACCAUUUCUGAAGGAAAAAAUAGCAAACAGAUUCUUCCUCCAUGGGUCUGACCUGAACUCUCUCCACACAAACCUUCCCAGAAACAUUCUCCCCAAGGAGUACGGGGGCACAGCAGGAGAGCUGGACACUGCCACCUGGAACGAAGUGCUCCUGGCCUCCGAGGAAGACUUUGUGAGAGAGUUCUGCCAACCUGUGCCCGCCUGCGACAGCAUCCUGGGGCAAGCACAGCUGCCCGAGGGGCUGACUUCUGAUGCUCAGUGUGACGACUCUAUGCGAGCUGUGAAGUCCCAGCUGUAUUCCUGCUAUUAGCCAGCCCCUUGGGGUGUCACCAGGUUUAAAUCCUCUCCUUUCCUCUUUAGAGACUCAAAAGAACUUAAAUGCCAAGGCCUCAGUCUUGCUGCUUGUAAUGAAAUGGUAGCAUAGAGGAACAACCUGAGGAGCUCCAAGGGCCAGGCCACCAUGGGGAAGCCUUUGGUCACUUGGAUUAUUCCUAGGAUAUGUGGAAAAUAUCCCCAGUGUGAUUCUCAAACAUUUGCACUCGCUCUUUGCAACUGUUAAGCUGUGUCUGGUUCUUAACUCAUCUCAGAAGCUAAAGUCAGCAUCAAAGUUGCUUCGAUCCCACUUUCCUGGAGAAAACCUGAUUGGCCAGUCAGCUGCUACUCCGAAACAGUUUGGCCAGACCUGUAAGGUGGCCAAAUGUGAGACUUGGGAGGUCUUUGUCUUUCACAGGAACCUUAACCGUAUACCUCUGUUGCUCAUCAGGAAUCUUCAAACCAGAGGUCUGGCCCCGUUUGCCGUCACUGGGUUUGGGAAGCACCUUAGCUGAUAGUGGAAGCACUAGGACCCAAGCACCUCUCCCUGAUCAAAUCUGGAAGCCAGAGGCUUCAGAGCAUCCCUGGACUCACUGGCCAAAUCUUGCAGUAGAAACUUUUUUUCCCAAACCUAUAAAACCUUAGCCCUGGUUCUCAAUGGAAUUAUACAAGGUCCUGGCUAAAGGAAUUCUGGCUUAGGAGUCAGAGACCUGAGCUCCAGAUCUGUGUGGACCAGACAUGGGCCACUGUGGGCCUCGGCGUUCUUAUCUGUAAAAUGAGGCUGGGAGAAAUUAGCUUUUCUGAUUGGACAGAUGACUGUGUAUAUACAAAUAGUUGGAUCCUGGUUUUUUUAAUGGUACUCACAGGCCUUUGUCACCACUUAGCCCAGCCUUUAAAGAAAGUAGUAGGUACAGCCAGGCAUGGUGGCACACACCCGUAAUCGUAGCACUCUGGGAGGCUAAGGCAGAAGGAUCACAAGUUCAAGCACUGCAGGGCAACUCAGUGACUUAGACCCUGCCUCAAAAAGUGCUGGAGAGCCAGGUGUGGUGGCGCACUCCUGUAAUCCCAGCACUCAGGAGGUUGAGGCAGGAAGAUCACUAUGUUCAAAGCCAGUCUGGGCUACAUAGUGAGUUCAAGGCCAGCCCGAACUACAUAGGCCCUGUUCAAAAUACCCAGAAAUAAAAAGUGCAGAGGAUGUAGCUCAGUGCAAAGGCCCUGGGUUCAAUUCCCAGUACCACUACAACCAAAAAAAAGUAUAUACAUUCUGGAACUCAAUGACACCAACUUCCUUUUUCCUUUUUCUAGUGAUGGCUAAACUUUAAGAGGAUAGCUUUUGCCUGUAAUCUCAGCCACCAAGGAAGCUGAGGCAGGAUGACUGAAGUUUGAGGCCAGCCUGGACUUCAUGGUGAGACCGUCUUUUAAAAAAAAAAAAAGACUGCACUGGUCAGGCCUCCAGGUGAGCUGACUUAGAUCUUGUAUGAAUUCCUUCCAUCCCUGAGACACUAGUAGUAUAAUGCAAACCUGGCUAUGGUGGUUAUAAUACCUGGGCUUCUUUAAUCCAUCCUUGGAAAUGCACACAGGGCAGAUUAUUGCUAAGUCACCUCUGGGGCCCCUGCACUCCCACUGGAGUUUCAUCAGCCUGAAUGUUAGUCACUACUUCAGCACUUUAGACCCUCCCUGUCAAGACUUUAGCUUUACUUAACCCAAGCACCAUAUUAGGUGGUUCAUCUGGUAGCUUUCAGCCUAUUUCCUUUCCUAUUCAUGCCUGUGACUGUGGAGUUAAAUAGUGACAAGUACUGCUUGUUGUGCACAUACCUUCUCUGCAUUUAGACUGUAAAGGCAAGGCAAACUGCUCAGAGAAAAUACUCUGGAAUUCAAAGCUCAGUUUAUGCUACCUAGCUGUUCAUCUUUACAGCCAUUUAAAAGACACCUUGGUAAGUUUUUGGUGGAAAUUAAUUUACUGACUUAAUUAAUGCUAAUUCUAUGGACAGUUGUUUGUACCAGAUACUAACCCUAGGUUCUAGGGUCCUGGCUGGGCCAGAAGUGCCAAAAUGUACGCCCCUCCCUCCCCUUAAUUCCAACUGACAGUGAUAGGACCGGACCGGCAGUGCUGAAAGGACAUGAGGGCAAUGGCUGAAGUAGACACUGAGAACCCAGCAGCCUGUGUGGACGACCUGGUGAGAGGCACUAGAGAGAGAAAACCACCAAACAAACAGCUAGACAAAAGGAGGGAUCAAGCAUUACGCCCCACCAUGUUGCUGAGGAUUAGAUCCUGCAUCUAGUUGCUGGCCAGUUGCCUUUGUCUGUAUGACUUAACAUAGGGAUGGCCAGGCAUUGGUGAAGCCUACCAAAGACCAGAAAGGUGAAGUGCGUGGUGCUACACCUUUAAUUCCAGCUAUUUGGGAGGCUGAGGGGCAUCAAAAGCUGGACCCCAGCCUGGGCAACUUAGCAAUACCCUGUCUGAAAAUCAAAAAUAAGAAGGGCUGGGAAUGUACCUCAGUGUUAGAGUUCACCUGGGUCCGAUCCUCAGUACGAGGAGGAAAAAAAGAAAGACCAGAAAGGAUGUCGCUCAUUUCCUUGGCCUUUUUGGUUGGACCCAGAAAGAGCGGAUUCUUUCAGCUUCUGAGAGAAGUCCACCUGGGUUGGUCUGCCUGGGAGCUGCUGUGCUUUAUUUUGGCUCCAAAGAGAGAUCAAAUAGUCUUGCACCUCAGGAGGUUUGGACCCAGCUGUGAACACGAACCUCCCUGGUGCAAACUAAGGCAGGGGCUGUGUGGACCAGCGGGGCCGCAGUGAGCCAUGCUUAGUAGUUGGGAAACCCCUGGUGGAGCCCACAAGUGAACACUGAAAACUGGGGAGUGUUUUCCAUCAGGGAAAAGUUUCAGGUGUUUCACAAAUACCUGGAAAUUAACCAUUCUCUAUAUUCAUGGUAGUGUACCAGGAAGAACAAGAAAGCUAUAAUAAGCUAGGAAAACUGAGUGCCAGCUUUAUCCUCCUAGGUGGCCUUGAAUUAGAGCCCCUUCAUACCCUUGAAUCUGUAUGACAAGGUCUCACUGUGUAGCCCAGGCUGGCCACAACUUGCGGUGAUCCCAUCCUCCGCCUUCCUAAUGCUGGGAUUACAGGCGUUGGGCCACCAUGCCCAGCCUGAACCUCCUGUUUCUGGCAUCUAAUUGGUUUUACUGCCACAGGGACACUGUACUCGUUUUUCUUGUCCAUGUGAAUUUAGGAAAUUUAGGUCUGAAAGUGUUGGGAACUGGAGCUUCCAAAUCAAUGUGUGAGCUUAGGUAUAUAGGGAUUUCUUCCUCCCCUUCCCCUAUCCACCUACCCAGAAUUCUGGAAAACUGCCUCUUCUUAGAACCUUCUGUUCUACCUUCAUGAGGAGAGGCAAGUGAAGUCUAUUUAGCAGCCAGAAAUGCAACCCUGCCUUCACCCUUUGACUUUCCUGUUUAUUUUUACCUGAGGUAGCUUGGGAUUGUUCACACUUCAUCCUGCUUUCCGAGGAAUCACUUGACUCGGGCUUAUAAGCGCUUCGGGUUACCAGAUACAGCUUUUCCAAGAAAGAGCUGGGGUGACAGAAAGCACUUCCCUUGAAUUCCUGUGCGCUACUGGCCUUGAGUGGGCCACUCCUGUAAAUGUUAUCUCACCCUCAGAUCAGUCAUAGGAUUACUUUUCUAUUUGAGCAGCAAAAGCUGUCCUGUUGUGGCGUUAUUACCUCAUUUAGAAGUUUUCAGCUUUCCAGGUUUUCCUUUGAAACCUUUGUUUAGAGAAUAAGAUCUCAGCUAAGCUAAUCUAAGUGUGGCUGUCCUAUGGCCGUGAGAGUCAUGGAGGCUCCAAACACGUGGACUGCUCAAGAGAUUCCAGUCUUGGGAUCAAUUAGCUUUGUAAAUCUAAGGUCUUUCUGCUCUCCCGACUCAGAAAUGGUGUGCUUGAAAUGAAAGAAACAUCAGAUAUUCUCCUUAACAGGAGCUUGCUUUAUGAGAAGGUCCAGUGUGACUUACGGACAGAGAUGACAGUGAUGGAUUUACUGGUUUCAGUUAACUGGCUUUCAAAAUCUCACUGGGUAGCACAUUUAGUCAGGCAGUAUCGGGCUUUGUGGGCUCUUGUGGACCUGCCUCCGCUGCUGGCGUGUCAGGUAGGAAGCUGUGUGAAAUACUUGAAACUUCUCUGUGGCCACAGGCUUCUGACCCCACUCUGAUGGGGUGGGAGCUGGGCUAAUUUCCUGACCAGUCUGCAGCACCAUUUCAGCCACUGAUGACAUUCCUUGCUUCAAACUGAAAUUCAGUUUGGCUUUGAGUAUAGGGACAACGGUGGUGGAUUCAUCUACUUCAGUAUUUGUUUUGACCAAAUGUUUAUUUUUCUAGUGCAUUUUUCUAAGUCAGAGUGGUGAAAAUAUGUAACUUUAGUAUGCAUGACUGGGUCUUAAUAAAAAUUCCUUUAAGGUGGA